AUGUUGGCCUUCAAGUCUCUCGCACUUCUGUCUGCGCUGCCAUGUGCUGUGUUGGGUGGGAAAACCCGCCAUGUAUCGCAGAACUUCACGCUGUUCGGAUACAGUAGUCAGUUCGGUGGAAAUCCUUUGAUAUACAUGGACGGGUAUGCAUACCUUGCAGAUGUAGCCGGGCUUAACGUUACCAAUCCUGCAGUCGUGCGAUUUACAUCCAAUUCCAAGAACGAAUGGUUCGCUUCACCAAACGCAACUACAUCAGGGGAGUCAUCAUGGUUGAACACAACAUUUUCUGUUCCAACAGCCCAAGCCUCCGACCGCCGUGUAGGCUUCAUCAAUGGCAACUCAACGUCUGGGAACAGGAUCACCUCUGGCUUUCGGCUCUUUGGCCCUUUGGCAUCACUUGUUACAUCUAAUGGGCAGUUGGAGUCUUUGUGGACUGGGCUUGACGUUGGGCGUAAUUUAUACGCUUUAUACUGGAACGAUACGAGCUUGGGUCAAAUUCCGAUUACUUUGACAGCUGUCGCUCCUGCUAAUUGA